AUGUCAUCCUCCAAUACUCUCAGCUUCAGUAUCACUGUAGAUGGAUAUAAUGUUGUCACGACCAAAGAUAAACAUGCAACAGUGGUAUACGAUCUCACAUUUAUCGUGAAAAAUCCAGUCGCUGUUUCUUCAUCUUGCUAUUCAAGUGUUGUCAAUAAUUCUUCUUCUGUCAGUAAUCAACAAGUAUUAAUUGCCAUGACGGUCGGCAAACGAUAUUCGGAACUUCGAGAAUUAUUUAAAACUCUCACAUCUAUUCUCAUUCAACAACAACAUUCAACAUCAACAACAACAAAUUCCUCCUCUUCGACAAGUUCCAUUUCUGUGAAUGAAUUUAAAUUUGAUUUUCCUCCGAAAUUAAUAUUUGGAAAUACCAAUCCAGAAAAUAUUGAAAAACGUAAAGUGGAAUUACAACACUUUUUUGAUCAAGUUACAAUGCAAUUAGUUUUAGAAAAUCGAACGGAGGGAGUUUCUGGAGAAAUGUAUAAAACAGUUUUGCAAUUUUUUGAAGUUCAAAAUACUCAUUAUAUUUAA